UUAGUUUCACCGAAGCUCCGCUGAGCAUAUCCGCGCCUGCGCGAUUCCGAACUCGAGUUUUCUUCGAUCCUCGCUUUCACUUGUUGUUCUGCUUUGCUACUAGAGCUUAGCAAGCUGAAGCGAACGAGGGUCCCAUCGCCUUCUUCAGGUUCUCCCGAGGCGAAAGUCAUGGCGCCCGUACCACAAAUUCAGCGCCUCAUUGAAGACAGCAUCAACAACAAUGCUGUAAUGAUUUUCUCAAAAUCCUUCUGCCCUUUCUGCAAAAAGGUCAAGGCCAUUUUUGAGUCCAUUAAUGUCCAGUAUACAGCAAUGGAACUUGACCUUGUAGAUAAUGGCCCAGCUAUCCAGGAAGCUCUGCUUGAGAAGUCUGGCCAGAAGACUGUUCCCAAUGUGUACAUAAGAGGCAAUCAUGUGGGUGGGUCAGACAUUAUCACUAAGCUGCAAGAAGAGAACAAGAUUCUGGGUCUUAUAAUCCCCCCAUCUGCUAGCUACGAGUAUGAUCUGAUUGUUAUUGGUGGAGGAUCAGGUGGACUUGCAUGUGCGAAGGAAGCUGCUCAGCUGGGAAGGAAGGUCGCUGUCUUAGACUUUGUUAAACCCACUCCAAAAGGGACGACAUGGGGGCUUGGAGGCACUUGUGUUAAUGUUGGAUGUAUUCCCAAAAAGUUAAUGCACCAGGCAGCUUUGCUUGGAGAGGCAUUAAAAGAUGCAAGGUUGUAUGGCUGGGAAUUUGACGAAAAAGUUAAACAUAAUUGGGAAUCAUUGAGAGAAGGUGUCCAGAAUCAUAUUGGAUCAUUGAACUGGGGUUACAGGGUACAGCUUAGAGAGAAGAGCGUAACAUAUAAAAAUGCUUUUGGAGAGUUCAUUGAUAAUCACACAAUUAAGGCAACAGAUAAGAGAGGCACAGAGACCAUAAUGACUGCUGAAACGUUUGUUCUAGCCAUGGGUCUGAGGCCACGUUAUCCUAACAUUCCAGGUGCAAAGGAAUAUGGAAUAACAAGUGAUGACCUGUUCUCACUACCCUACUGUCCUGGCACAACUGUGCUGAUUGGUGCUUCUUAUGUCUCCCUGGAAUGUGCUGGCUUCCUUGCUGCUAUGGGUUUAGACGUUACCGUCGUUGUUCGUUCUAUUCUGCUUAGAGGUUUCGAUCAGCAAAUGGCCGAGAAGGCCGGGUCCUUCAUGGAAACUCAUGGCGUGAAAUUCAAGCGACCUGCUGUGCCCACCAAGGUGGAGCAGCUAGAAGAAGGUACACCUGGCAAGCUGAGAGUGCACUACAAGCUGGAAGGGGGAGAAGAGGGGCACCUGGACUGCAAUACUGUGGUAUUUGCGAUUGGGCGUGAUGCAUGUACCACUGGAAUUGGUUUGGAAAAAGUUGGUGUCAAACUAAACCCUAAGAACCAAAAGGUGAUAGCAGGAGAUAAUGAACAGUCUAGUGUCCCUAACAUCUAUGCCAUUGGAGACAUCUUAGACGGCAAACUAGAGUUGACCCCUGUUGCUAUACAGGCUGGCAGGCUGCUGUCUAGACGGCUCUACAGAAAUGACACCAAGCUGUGUGACUACAUUAACGUGGCGACCACUGUGUUCACCCCUCUUGAGUACGGGGCCAUCGGUUAUUCUGAGGAGGAUGCAAUACAGAAGUUUGGGCAGGAGAAUGUCGAAGUGUACCACACCCUUUUCCAGCCACUUGAGUAUACUGUUGCGCAACGAAGCAAGGAUGACUGCUAUGCCAAGCUUAUCUGUAACAAGGCAGACUUGGAGCGGGUGGUUGGCUUCCAUGUGCUGGGGCCUAACGCAGGAGAAAUAACCCAAGGCUAUGCUGUAGCAUUCAAGUGUGGUGCAACCAAAGAGCACUUUGAUGACACGAUAGGCAUUCACCCAACAUGCUCCGAGACAUUCACUCUUUUAGACGUGACUAAGAGGUCCGGUGCUAGUAUCGUGUCAUCUGGUUGCUGAGGUUAGCUCCCUGCUGUUGCAUACUAGCUAGACAGCUGUUAUAGCAAUAUAUACAGACAUGUCUCCUAGGCAACAGCAAGGCUAUUCCUGAAACCAUGGAAACCAAUACCACCCCUGCAAAUCUAUGCAGUUUAUAUAUGAUGGUCAAGUUGGCAAACCCUUUAAAGUGGAGCAGCUUAACCGGAUGAAGGCGUGUACUUGGUUCCUCGAAUUAAAUCCUAUCCAGUCUAACAAAAUAUUCAUUUUUGCUACCAAUAGCAGUUACUGUACAUACAGUUUUUUUGUCAUUUUUGUGCCAUUUUAUGCAAAUAAAUGUUUCACAAGGAAAUUUGCAUCUCAUAGAAAACACUCUUGGCCCUUUCUAUCUUGGAUUUUUGUAAAUGUUGAUUCAGGGCAAGGGACUUUCAGGGUUGAUUUCAGUAAUAAAAAAAUGCCAUUCUA